UCUCACAGAGCUUCCUAACGGACCCUUUAUCUUUAUAAACCUGUGGAUGGAAACCCUUGUAAGGAUCAAAGGAAAAAGCAAGGAAAGUGUGAUGGUUAGGAAACUGCAGCCUUCCCUGAGGUUUACCUAACCCAUGCAUUAGUGGGAAGAACCAAGUGACCGCCUCCAGAUGUGUGUGAGAGAGAGAGAGAGAGAGAGAACUGCUUGACUAUCUACAAUGAACAUCGCCCUCUUCACACUCCAACACUUACUCUUUGCUCCUUUGGCAGUGCCCAGGUUAAUGCUUAAUCCAUCGCACACCUAUAAUUUCUAAGGCCCAGCCCUGUUUAUGAGAAAGGGGUUAUGUCGAUGCCUUCAGAUCAGUUGGCCUAGUUUGCAGGUCGACCUGCUCAGAGACUCGUCUCCAGCUGUCAAGCAAAGGAACCUUCAGGACGGGUCAGAAGAAGCUUCCAAAAUGCCACGAAAAUCCAGCUUGUCCAUUGGCUUCGCCAUCGCCUUAGCCAUCCUGACGAUUUCUGCCAUCGGUGGGAUGAUCUCCAUGAUAAUCGUUUUUGAAAUUGAGAAAUCUCAAAUAAACAUGACAGAGCCUCCACCAACAGUACCAACUACAAUGGCACCGCUGCCGACGAGUUGGCGUCUACCAAGGUACCUGAUUCCUGAAAGGUACGAGAUCACCAUCCAGGUUGACCUCUACACCAGAAUCGUGGAAGAGGUGAACGUAACGACCCCAAACCAGACGCUGCACUUCCAUGGAAACUCCACUGUGCACUUCCAGUGUCACCAAAACACAAACGUCAUCUUCCUCCACAGCCUUGGGCUGAAGGUUUCCUCUCCACGCGUAAUUAACAAAGACACAAAGGAGGAGAUGAAAGUCAUCUCACUCACACACCAGGAAAAUGGUACUGACUUCUUGGUGAUUCAAAUAGAAAACUUCUUUAAGAGGAACGGGAACUACAGUUUAUUUCUGGCGUUUAAGGGAGAAAUAUCGGAAUAUCUUGAUGCAUUUUAUGUAAGCAGAUAUGCUGAAUUUAACACCGAGGCUGAAAAUGUAACCAUAGAGGAAAGAUUUCUUGCAGCCACAGAUCUGGAACCAACAGGAGCAAGACAAAUAUUUCCAUGUUUCGAUGAACCAGACAUGAAGGCUGUUUUUCAGUUGAAAGUCAUCCAUAGACGUAAAACAAAGGCUCUGGCAAACACAGCAGGAAAAGCACCCAUAAUUCUAAACGAUGAGUGGCAAAUGACCCUUUUUGAGGACACACCAAAGAUGUCGAGCUAUUUAUUUGCCUUCACAGUCUCAGAGUUUGAAGAUUUUGCCAAAUUCUAUGAUCACCGUGUGGAUAUCAAAACCUAUGCCCGUCCCGAAGCUAUAAAGGCACACCAUGCUGAUUAUGCCGCCAAAAUUACUGCUAAGAUCCUGGAUUUCUACGAAAAGCAUUUGAAUCAGUCGUAUGGAAUGAGAAAACUUGAUCAAAUUGCUCUGCCAGACUUGAAUUUUGCAGCAAUGGAGAACUGGGGUCUGAUUACGUAUCAGGAACCCGCUCUGCUCUAUGUGGAAGGAGUCUCCUCAUUGUUGCAAAAGGAAGCAAUCGCUGAAAUUAUAGCUCAUGAGUUGGCACACCAGUGGUUUGGAAAUUCGGUGACGAUGAAAUGGUGGAAUGAAGUCUGGCUGAAUGAAGGGUUUGCCACCUAUAUGUCCUACCUUGCAGUGGACCAAGUUGAGCCAUUAUUUCAAAUAAAAGAGAUAUCAAUCAUGAAUGAUCUCCACAAGGCAUUUGAGGAUGAUGCUCUGCAGACAUCCCAUCCUCUCAGUCAAUCGGAAGAAUUUAAGGAACCUAGUGAAAUUCUUGGGAUGUUCGAUGCUAUAAGUUACUGUAAGGGAGCCAUGGUGCUGAGAAUGCUGGCGGACCACAUGGUAGAAAGUAUUUUUGACCAGGGAGUCAGAGACUACCUCAAAAACCACACAGGAGGGAAUGUCGAACAGGAUGAUCUUUGGGAUGUGAUGGAUAAGGCCUAUAAAAUUGAGGACUCGGCUAGCCCUUCCAAGGUCAUUAAAAACUGGACGACUCAAAUCGGCUAUCCUGUCCUCACCAUCAACACCACUAAUGGAGAAUGCUACCAGAAGCAUUUCCUGUACAACAGCUCUGCUGUAUCCAACCAAACGUGGUACAUCCCGAUCAGAUACAAGAAGAAGAUAAGCUCUAACCCUGAUUAUUACAUCCUACUAAAUGGCACAUCAGAUAACAUGAGUUUCAUUGCUAAGAAAGGAGAAUGGCUCCUGGCUAACAUCAACUGUACGGGAUACUACAGAGUCAACUACAACCUGGAGAAUUGGAAGCUCCUGAUGGGUCAACUGGAAACAGAGCCAGAUCUCAUCCCACUGAUGAACAGAGGGCAGCUCAUUGAUGAUGCAUUCAACUUGGCCAGAGCAAAGCUGGUGAAUGUGACUCUGCCUCUGGAAAUGACCCGGUUCCUCCAUAAGGAGAAAGCUUUCCUCCCAUGGGAGUCAGCGGUCCGGAAUCUGGAGUACUUUGUCCUCAUGUUUGAUCGCUCUGAGGUUUAUGGACCCAUGCAGAUCUACCUGCGGCAUCAAGUAGAGGAGCUUUACAACCACUUCAAAAACCACACAGAUAAUUCCACCGUCCCCGAGGAUCACUCCUCACAGCACAUGCAGAUCACCGCCAUAGAGACAGCCUGUUCCACUGGACUCCCAGACUGCAUAGAGAUGGCUAAAGAGAAGUUUGCUGAAUGGAUGGACGUCAACGGCACCAACAACAUCCACCCCAAUCUGCGCUCCACUAUCUACUGCCAAGCAUUGGCUGCCGGUGAGAAGAAAGAGUGGGAGUUUGCCUUUGAGAAGUUUCAGGAUUCCUUUGACAGCUCAGAGAGAGAGCAGCUGAGAAGAGCUCUGUCCUGCACCAAGCAGACCUGGCUUCUCUGCAGAUACUUGGAUUACACUUUGGACCCUGACAAGAUACGUCUGAUGGAAGCCACCUCUAUCAUUAUUGACAUAGCGCAAAACGCAGAGGGACAAGCGCUGGCCUGGGACUUCAUGAGAGCCCACUGGAAUUAUUUCAGUCAGGGGAAUGCACCUCAACUUAUUGAGAGAGUGACCCGCAGGUUCUCCACACAGUUUGAGCUGCAGCAGCUGGAAAGAUUCAAGGAAGUGGGAGGCUACGACAGACACAUUGAUCAGGCCAUCGAGCAAACCAAAAUCAACAUCCAAUGGGUGAAGGAGAACAAAAACAUCAUCCUGGAGUGGUUCGAGAAAGAAACAGCCCAUCCAGAAUAAACAAAGAUUUCCAUGUUUUGUAGCCGAUGGGAUCAGCGGCGCAGCCGGUUUUCAGGCAACUUUAAAGUGAAGGAAACUACAGAUCAAGUUUAAGGAUUCAAAAAUUCAACAGGUGAUAGUUAAUCAAAUGAAAGCCGCGUCCAGUGUAGGACAGUCAGUCAGAGGCAUGCCGUUGUUUGUGUAAAUAGUAACGAAUGUUAUUUAUUGUGUAUUCAAUGAAAACAGUAAAAAUAUAAAUAUGUAUCGCUUCUCUGAACUUUGUAUCUGCUGCUCGAACAACACUCUUUGGUGAGAAUGUCCUGUUUUUUUGUUUUUGUGUGUUGCUGCUUCAUCAGGGAUCAAAAUGAUUGUUUUUAAUAAUCAUCUAACUGUCCUAAUGCAAAAACUAUGCAAUCAACCAGAGUUUUCCUGCAGCUGGUUUUAAAACACAAACAUCCACAUCUGAAAGUCUGUUUGUGUGUUAUAUGUGUUCCAAUCAAAGUAUCCAAUCACUGCUAACAUUUUCAUUUUGCUGAAAUUGUUGCUUUUAAUAAAUAAAAAAGAAAAAUAAUCC